GAAGGAUGACGGAAAACUUCUCCCAAACCGCAGACUCGUCGAGUUUGUCUGAGCCCAAAUCGGGCUUGAAUCUGUUAGACUUGCCAGAAGAAGUGUUACUACACAUACUAUCUUUUAUGAGUUACCAUAAUGUCAGCGAAAUCCGAAGGAUCUGCCAAGCUUUCAACCGGCUGUGUCAGCAGGCUUUAACACAGGGCUUCCUUCGUGUGGACAAGUUUCAUAGUGCCAUACAACGACGAGUCAAGUCACAGCUUCCGCGUAGAGAGUCCGAAAGACGCAACCACUCCUUGGCUCGCCAUGUUGACAUCUUAUCUGCCAUAGAAACCCGUCUCUCACUACUUAACAUGACCUACAUGAAGUAUAUAGACGUGGGUCUGUGUGCUUUUAUACCGGGAAAGGUGUUGGAUGAGUUGUUCCGCAUCCUGCGGGUUCUCCAGGAGAGUGCAGAGCCCCCCAGAGCCCACGAGUUCCUACAGGAGCUCAGAGAUAUAUCUUCCAUGGCUAUGGAGCACUUUGAAGAGAAAAUAGUGCCCCUUGUCAAGCAGAAGAUUCCCCCACUCAGUAUGCCCGUGCCGUUUGGAGAACCAGGUGACUCACAAUCAGUAUCCCGGUCCUACUCGGAUUUCCUGACCGUGCCCACAUCCCCCAGACAGGACAUGGUACGAUUACAACACCAGGUCAGGUCACAAGGCCUCUCCCUACAAAACUUCCGCAAAGAAAUGAUUGACAUGAGAAUCAAAAUGGCUGAGCACAAGAAACGACUUAUGGAACAGGACAAAAAGAACAUUGAGCAGUGCCGAAUUAUUACAGAGCAGAACAGCACGCUUCUGGAACAAGACAGGAAGUUGAGCGAUUUGAGUCGAAAGAUCCUAGAAUAUGAUCAGAAGUUUAGUGACAUUUUUGCAGAAUUAUCCAAGGCGGGUUGCAGUUCAGUGGGUUACAAAUCUUCAUCAGCCAGUUCUACUGAUGCAUCAGAGACAGAUAAACAAGCCAGUCAGAAACAUCCACAAGGGAUCAACAAAUCCACUGUGAACCGAAAGAGACAAUCUAGCCACCCUGUAUCUACAACAACAGAGAGAAAACAGUCUUCAGGGAAAAGGCGAAAAACUUAAUCAGUUGUUGCUGAGUUAGUCAUUGUCAUGAAUUACUUUACUUAAUGCCAUGUUCCGUAGUUUAGAGAUUUGAGAGUUACUGUUUCUUCUAAAUGAUAGUAAUGAAAAAGUAGUCUUUAAUGUCUUUAUUUUUUAUUUUAUUGCAACUUUGUUGGCAAGAAAACUUACUGAGAAAUUGAAUUUGCAUGCAUGGCUACAAAGAAAAGAAAGCUAGAGAGAGAAAACACUUCUGUCGUAGGAUGCACCUAUUCUGUAGGUAUAAUUAGUGAAUGCACCUAUUCUUCGGGUAUAAUUAGUGAAUGCACCUAUUCUUCAGGUAUAAUUAGUGAAUGCACAUAUUCAGGUAUAAUUAAUGAAUGCGUCUAUUCUACAGGUAUAAUUGAUGCAUACAGUUAUAACUGAUGUACAUAGUCUACAGAUAUGAUUAGAGAAUGCACAUGUUCUACAGAUAUGAUUAGAGAAUGCACAUGUCCUACAGAUAUGAUUAGAGAAUGCACAUGUCCUACAGACAUGAUUAGAGAAUGCACAUGUCCUACAGAUAUGAUUAGAGAAUGCACAUGUCCUACAGACAUGAUUAGAGAAUGCACAUGUCCUACAGACAUGAUUAGAGAAUGCACAUGUUCCAUAGGUAGUAGAAAUUACAUGAUAAAUUCAUGUUUUAUGUAUCUAAUUUUUCUCCCAUGGUGGAUGUAAGCAAAAAUAGUACACAUUGAAAGAACUAUAAACACUCAAUUAAGUUUGUUCUGGUAAAUAGUAAAUGAUCCAGUGGCUCUCAGAGCUCAUCAUGCAAGUAACUAUACACAGAACAGUUUUGGGCAGUGUCUUAAGUCAGGGUUAAUACAUCAGUGCUGAAACCCUUCUGUUUUCAUUGUGACACAAAAAGCCCAGCUUAAUAUUGCACAUUAGCGACGAUUUAUUUGAUAUAACCUAAUUCUCUCUGCCAGUAAUUUGGCAACUUGGUGGUUAGAUACACUGAUCUUUUUUUUUUUUUUUUUAAAAUAGUGGCGAUGCUAAGAAUAGUGCUCUUAGUGCCUGAUAUGUGACAGAUCAUUUUAAUAUGUAUAAUUUAAAAUCAGCUGAGUUUUGUUAUUUUAUUAUCGAAAUUUUGCUAAGAACUUGCCAUGGAUUCAUGUUAUGUAUUAUGUACAGUAUGAUACAGUCAUUGAUGUUCCACAGGAAUUGCAUUUAUAACUGAAUAAAAAGACAGUGCUGAUUAGGCCUAAAUCAUAAUUCUAUGCCUGUGCACUUUUCCUAGACAGAAGUUGAGAAUCAUUGAAUAGAAUUCAAUUGUUAUCUUGAUAAUUCCAGAGCUUGCCAUGUAAACAGGGCACUUUUUCUUGGAAAACGUUAAGAAUGUGAAUUGCAUUCUACACCAGCACAUUUGAGAGGAAAAAUGAUGAAAUUAGUGUGAGCAAUUCAAAGAAAAAUAUAUGGUAAUGCUGUAUGUUCAGAGCAAGGUUUUCUGCAUAAUGUGUGGCUUAUGAUACAUCUGCAAACUUAGUUUUUUCUUUGUUUUUGAUUUUUUUGUUUAAAUUUUCAUACAAACCACCCUAAAUUGUGACUUCAAUAAAUGAUUUUUGUUUCAA